AGUAGGGAAAGGGGUGCGCUCAAGAACAAACAGGGACUCUGAUAUAUUACCUAUUGGUUUUAGAGGAGAUGGCUGCUUCUAUUCAUGGUUUCACGCUUAAUACUGGAGCAAAGUUCCCCUCUGUAGGCCUUGGCACAUGGCAAGCUGAGCCUGGCGUUGUUAGUCAGGCUAUCAUCACCGCUGUUAAGGCAGGCUACAGACAUAUUGAUUGUGCACCGCCUUACAGAAAUGAGAAUGAGAUUGGUUUGGCUUUAAAAAAGCUGUUUGAUGAUGGAGUGGUGAAACGUGAGGAACUAUUUAUAACCUCCAAACUCUGGUGUGCUGAUCAUGAUCCAGAAGAUGUACCAAAGGCACUAGAAGCAACCUUGAAAGACUUACAACUUGACUAUCUAGAUCUUUAUCUGAUCCACUGGCCUUUCCGCGCUAGAAAAGGGACUAAAGUCAGUGAAUUACUUAAAAACAUUGUCCCAAGUAACAUACCUGGAACCUGGGCUGCAAUGGAGAAAUUAUACAGGUCUGGUAAGGCUCGCGCAAUCGGCGUUAGUAAUUUUACCAUCAAGAAAUUGGAGGAUUUGCUUGCAAUUGCAAGUAUUCCUCCUGCUGUCAACCAGGUGGAGUGCCAUUUAAUUUGGCAACAAACCAAGCUUCAGAAAUUUUGUGAUUCAAAGGGCAUUCACCUCUCUGCAUAUUCUCCUUUGGGAUCACCAGGUACAAACUGGAUAUGGACCCAUGGAAAUGUCCUUGAUAAUCCAACAUUAAAAAAGGUUGCAGAGGAAUUAGGCAGGACUCCAGCACAAGUUGCACUUCGCUGGGGGAUCCAAAUGGGGCAUAGUGUUCUCCCAAAGAGCACAAGCGAAAAAAGAAUAAAGGAGAACUUUGACAUAUUCAAUUGGUCCAUUCCUGAUGACAUGUUUGCUAAAUUCUAUGAAAUAAAACAGACAAGGCUUAUAAAAGGUCAUAAACAUUUCAUUGAUCCGGAAGGCUUGUACAAAACUGAAGAAGAACUUUGGGACGGAGAGAUCUAAUGCUGAUUGGGCAGGCAGGAAUUUGAGUUCUUCUCUCCUCCAAGGCUGAUUGAGUUCUGUUCUAGUUUACUAAAUAUAAAUAAAUUAUCUAUCUCAGGAGAGUGCUGCCAUAUAGCGGUUAUUAUACUCUUUGUAAUUUUCUUUCAAUCUAGUAUUUCUUUUGUUUUUCUGUCUUUUUAUCUUUAUAUUUUAUUCAA